CGUAUCUAUAAAUCAUAUAUAUAAAAAAAUUGCUUUUCUAAUUGAGUUUGGUGAUAGAUUAAAAGUGCUCGCACAACAUGUCCAGGAUGCCAAACUUUAAUAUUGAAGAUGUUAAUCGCAAAUACAGUAUUACUUUAGAUCCCAACAUUAUCAAUGAAUUCGUUGACGUUCCAGAAACAACUCCUGAAUGGAAAAAAGAUAUUUUGAGAAGAAAAAACAAUAAAAUUCUAGAAGAUGCGAUUCGGGAAGCCGAAUCAAGAAAAGAUCCGUAUGCUGGUGAACCAGAAUGGAAAAAAGGUUUAUUAAGAAAGAGAGAUGAAACAAAAGCUGAAAUGGAGAACCGUUUAGCAGAAGAACAACGUGCUAGAGAUGAAAACCUGAGAAGAUUUACCGAAAAUCCAAUCUGGAAGCAGGAACUACUUCACAGAAAAGCUUCGAUCCAGGGAAAAAAUAAAUGAAUAAAUAUAAUUUUUUGCUCCGCGUUUAUAAUUAUAAUCAACCUUUAUCAUACUGUUAUAGAUAACAACCAACCUUGUUUCCAGUAUUUCUAUUCCGCUUCUUGAUAAUCGAACAUGGAAUAGAUUAUUUGAUAUUUCGGUUAUCAAACAGGUCCUGGAAACGAGGUUGGCUAACAAGAUGACGAUUUUUAAACACAAUACUCACAUAGAGCGUAGUGAUUUUAGCGUGUUCUUCUCUCCCAUCCUUGUUUUGUGUCUAAUAAUUAAAACUUCUUUUUUUCUAAUUUCUUGAAGAUAUUACUUCGCAUCGAA